UUUUUUUCCGUAAGAAUUUCUUAGAUUUCUCCAAGAAGUGAAAAGAAAAGAUGUCAUCAGCUGGUGUUGCCUUAAGUCCGGUUCGUAGCGAGCCAUUGAUUAUGCCUCUGGUUCGUGCCAAUUCUUGUGCUGAUUCUUACCCUGACGAUACCAUCAUGAUUUACCUUACACUUCCCGGGACGGUGAUACCUAUGCGAGUGCUUGAGUCUGAUUCCAUUGAGUCUGUUAAGCUUCGGAUUCAGUCUUAUCGCGGCUUUGUUGUGAGGAAUCAGAAGCUUGUUUUCGGGGGACGAGAGCUAGCUAGAAGCAAUUCUAAUAUGCGUGAUUACGGUGUUAGUGAAGGGAAUAUUCUUCACUUGGUUCUUAAGCUCUCUGAUCUUCAGGUUCUUGAUGUUAAGACUACCUGUGGGAAACACUGCAGGUUUCAUGUUGAGAGAGGGAGGAACAUUGGUUAUGUGAAGAAGCAGAUUUCUAAAAAGCGUGGAGACUUUGUUGAUCCUGAUGAACAGGAAAUUCUUUACGAAGGUGAGAAGUUGGAAGACCAGAGUCUUAUUAAUGAUAUCUGCAGAAACGAUGACUCGGUUUUGCAUCUGCUUGUGCGGAGAUCUGCUAAAGUUCGAGCUAAACCGGUGGAGAAGAACUUUGAGUUGUCUAUUGUUGCCCCACAAGCAAAAGAUAAGAAGGGUCGUGAAGCUGUCAGCAUUGUGCCACCAAAAAAGCUCUCUUUGGAGCCGGUAAUUGUUAACUCCAAGGCUAAAGUACCUCUGGUGGUUAAAGAUAUGAUUAAGUCUGCUUCAGAUGGACUAAAAAGUGGGAAUUCUCCGGUCAGGUCAAGAGAAGGCACGGGAGGAGCUUAUUUCAUGCAGGGUCCAUCAGGCAACAAAUUUGUUGGUGUGUUUAAGCCAAUAGAUGAGGAACCAAUGGCUGAAAACAAUCCACAGGGUUUACCACUUUCACCAAACGGUGAAGGUUUGAAGAAAGGAACAAAGGUUGGAGAAGGUGCAUUAAGGGAAGUUGCUGCUUACGUGUUGGAUCAUCCCAAAAGUGGAAACAGAUCUAUGUCCGGUGAAGAGAUAGGUUUUGCUGGUGUACCUCCCACAGCUAUGAUUGAAUGUCUGCAUCCUGGGUUUAACCAUCCCAAAGGAAUCAAAACCAAGAUCGGGUCACUUCAGAUGUUUACCGAGAACGAUGGCAGCUGUGAAGAUAUGGGUCCACUUUCAUUUCCAGUUGAAGAAGUUCAUAAGAUUUCUGUGCUGGAUAUUAGACUGGCCAACGCAGACAGACACGGUGGGAACAUUUUGAUGACCAAGGACGAAAACGGAAAGCUUGUUUUGGUUCCUAUAGACCAUGGAUACUGCUUGCCUGAAAGUUUUGAAGAUUGCACGUUUGAGUGGCUAUAUUGGCCACAAGCCCGGAAACCGUACUCUGCAGAGACUCUAGACUACAUAAGAUCACUGGAUGCAGAGGAAGAUAUUGAUCUAUUGAAGUUCCAUGGAUGGAAAAUGCCAGCUGAGACAGCUCGAACGCUCAGGAUCUCAACGAUGCUACUGAAGAAAGGAGUGGAAAGAGGACUAACAGCAUUUGAGAUUGGAACCAUAAUGUGCAGAGAAACACUUAGCAAGAAGUCUCUAGUGGAGGAAAUGGUAGAGGAAGCUCAAGAAGCGGUGCUUCCAGGGACGAGCGAAGCUGCAUUCCUCGAAGCUCUAUCCGAUGUGAUGGAUUACCAUCUCGAUCACUCUCAGGAACACUAAAAUUGGUUCUUGUUUUAACUCAAAACUCUGGUAUAUACUCUUUGGUUUGCUUUUUAUAAACCUGUUGGCUUUUGUAUUUUUUUAAACUCUUUCAUUUCUGUCAUUCUUUGGACAUGUUCAAGGUGUUUUGUUAACUUCACUCAGACAUAUUACAUGGUAAUGACAAUUUAAGUGUUUACAAUAGCUUUCUUUCUUUGUAACAUUUAUCUCUUCUCUAGGCUAUACAUGUCUCUGUUAAUAAGCAAUGAAUUGAGAU